CAGAAGACGUCAGCCAUUUUAUGCCUCGUUCUAUCAUUGUCGGCUGUGGUGUAUACGAAGUGUAUUCUUUAUCGGUGAAAUCUUUGAUUCGAUUACGUUACCGAUGGUGAUCUAGGCAGUGUGAUAACUUGUUGAUAACGAAAUCUAGGGUAGUCUUAAAAGCGUAGUUGAAGUUUACAGGCUAUAGGGAGAGGCCGAUUAUAAACUCUCUCCCGUCGAGUAUCAAGGAAACCCUUCGCCGCAACCAAAAAGAUACACGUACAUACCUCGACGAUGGAUAGACAGGCUGGUUUUCUGGCAAUCGCAUUGCUAUUUUUAGCUAAUUUUCUGACGAUUCAAGCAGACAAUGUCGGGCGGAUCCAGUACAUCGGUCACACGAACCCACGUGUGGGUGGUCCCUGGUCGAUCAGGUGCGAAGGCCUUCUGGAUACAGACAAGGUCAACUGGACAAGGAACGGGGUAUCGAUAGAAAAAGAAUUUCAGGACAAAGAGUUGACCAUGGAAAACGACGCGACAUCAUCGACGAUCCGCGCUGAUGCGGCUAAACUGAAACACCAGGGCAAUUACUCCUGUACCGAGGACUCUGACUUCCCCCACGUCAUACGAGUACACGGUGCGUCGGAGACAUCAGCACAGCCGGCACAAAAUGAAACAGCACCGUUGGGUAAUCGCGUUAUUAUUCGAAUAUUAGACUCCAAUUCAUCAACGGGGCUUAGUAUAGAAUGUAACACGACGAGAAAAGAUCAGGUGGUUUGGUUCCGUGACAAUUCCACCGACAUGAAAACGGAUAAAAUUCAAUUCGUCGAAAAUGGAAGAAUAUUGACUAUCGAAAAACAAUCGGAAGCGUUAACGGGAAACUACUCCUGCAAGCACAAUGACUCCACCACUUACCUCUCCAACUGGCGUCUUAUCCCGAAACCAACGGCAAAAUUACCUCCCAACUCGCACGUGGUCGAGGGUAAGGAAUUGCACCUAGUUUGUCAGACGGUACCGGGUUUGGGUGCUAAAGUCACGUGGAAACUCGGCGAAGUGAACUACACAACCAGCGAUGAAAACGGUCGCGUUAAGAUAACCAAAGACGAGGAACAUGAUAUCGAGGGUGCUGUAUUGACGGUCGAAGAUGUUGGGGAAAAAGAUCGCGGUGACAUCUAUUGUUUCGUUAAAUUCACACGUGCCGGUGGUGUGAUCGCCUCCGGGCACACCUACCUCAGGGUGAAAGAUAAAUUCGCUGCUCUGUGGCCGUUCCUUGGAAUCUGCGCGGAGGUCAUCAUACUUUGCGCCAUUAUUCUCGUCUACGAGAAAAAACGCAACAAGGCCGAACUGGAGGAAUCCGACACCGACCAGAGCCCUGACACCAAGCCUACGCCGAACAAGGACUCCGACGUGCGACACAGAAAGUGAAUGGGAUAAACUAGAACAUGAAAGUUGAAUAUAGAGAAAAAAAAAAAAAGAAAAAACAGAACAGAGUAUGUAAUAUUAAAAACAAAAGAAACAAAUUAACUGAAGAAAAAUUAAUGAGAAGAUAAACAAAACACAAGUAUAAUAUAACAUUUCGAAAUAAAAAAUGUUCAAAAAUAGAAUAUAUGAAAAUUAUUAAGAAUGAAAAAUUAAUAAAUAAAAUAAUAAAAACGAGUGACGGAGGCCCCUGAACAUCACACAGCGGACUACAGUCAAAAUCACAUCUUAUAACGAUAAGUUCUGCGCUUCACUUCAAGACACCACAUUAUAUUAUUGAUUAUUAAUAAUUUUUAAUUAAAAAAAAAAAAAAACGA